AAGCCCACUAGGCUUUCCCUGUCAGUAUUCAUGGGCUGCUUGUAAAUAGCAGAAGAGGAGGGAAGUGUUUGCAUACACUGAGCUGGCUAAAAGAUUCAAGUGGCAAGAAGGAGUGAUGCUGCUCAAUAUAAACCAGAGAAUAUGGAAACGGGGUAAGAGCUGCUUUUUUUUGGCAUUUUCAUUUGGGAUUACAGAAGGGAAGGGAGAGGCUUCUACCUGAAUCUCAUUAACCAUGGAGCUGUACAGGAGUUGCCUAACCACAGGAUGCAGAUCCACUAACAGAAACUUUGGCUCCAAGGACAGUUGGCAGAAAUGGCUUUGACUUCUCUGUGCAAUAAAUGGCAGUCUCAAAUGGAUGUAAAGACAAGUUAUCUGAGAGAGAAACUGCUUGGAGGCACAUCCUUAAACAUUUUCAAAGAUCCUGAAGUAGAGUUCAAAGGGAUUUGGCUCAAGGGCAUAUUUAUUUUUACCUUUAUAGAUGCCCUGUGCCCUUGAAAUUAUUUGGGGCAAAAACUGAACACAGAGGCUUGCUAAACUGGUACCAAGCCUUAUCAUGGCAUGCUGAACAGUAACUGCAUAUUACUUUUUCUCCUGGAUGUUGUUUUUUUCUGCAAUGUACACAUCAUUUUAGAAGAUUUUUUUAAGUCUCUAAAAGGGGCCAUCUGAUUUUAGCAAUCCAUUCAACUGUCAGCCGUUCACAUUACAAUGUUCCAUGAAGGACCAUGCUCAGUGUGAAUUCUAUUUUGGCAGCCUGGAUUGAUCUUGCUGGCAGGAAAGAGUGAAUUCCACUGUUUCACGAUGAGCGUGCUGACAUUAAUUCUAUUUAUUUGGAAAAUCCUGGGGAAGCUGUUGGUAUUGUCUGAACUCGGUAUUCAAGUUAGCAUCUUAAGCAAUGCUUCCACUUUCACAAGCUGCCCUGAAGCCUGCAUCUGUACUGCUGAUCUCUUGAGUUGUACCAGGAAGAACCUUCGGCAUGUCCCUGUCCCACUGCCUCCUACUACCACCACCUUGGAUCUCAGCCACAAUGCUAUUGUUCAGCUUCAUGAUUAUUGGCUGUCUACUUUACCACGUCUUGAGACCUUUAGGAUUAGCCACAACAAAAUAAGAAACAUCACCCAACAGGUGUUUUGCAAUGCUACUUACCUUGUACAUCUGGAUAUGUCCUCCAACCAUCUGCAAACUGUGGAAAAGUACUACUUUGAAGACCUUGUGAACUUGAAAGAGCUUCUGCUCUACAAUAACAAGAUUGUGCAAGUAGAUGAAAAUGCUUUUGUCACACUAAUCAAUUUGCAAAAGAUUUAUCUAAGUUGGAAUAGGCUAACUAAAUUUCCAUUUGAGUCUAUUCAAAGACUUGAACAUCCUUAUCUAAGGACCCUUGAUCUUUCUGCCAAUAACCUAAGCAGCAUUCCUGUUCAGGUAAUAGCAACUUUGCCUAAGUACAUUAAAAAUGGCUUAUAUCUUCACAACAAUCCUGUGAAAUGUGACUGCUCUCUCCAGGAGAUGCUCCAGGAAUGGAAACAUCGUGGUUUCAGUUCUGUGCAAGAUUUUGUAGAGGAGCAUACUUGUAAAGCUUACCCCAAUAUGUUCUCCUUAAUUAAGACCUUCAAUUACAAUAAGUAUUUUAAAGUUUGCUCCUGGAGUCAAAAGAAAUUUGGCAUUCCAGAAGUGCUGUGCAGAGUGGGAGAAUCCUUGGUAAUAGACUGCAACACAAGCCUCCAUGAGGACAAUACCACCACUUACAGGUGGAUCUCCCCACACCAUGAAUUAUUCAUGUAUCCUGAGCACAGUGAUCAGACACAUCAACCUUUAAAAAAUGGAAGCUUAAAGAUCAUAAAUGCCAACCUGUCAUAUUCAGGUAUAUAUGAGUGCAUAGCAAUCAGUGAGCUCCAAAAGAUCAACGAAACAUACGAAGUUAAUGUCACAGUCCACUACCCCAAAUUAGUUGAGCCUUUCAGUACUAGCCUCACAACCCUCCUAGGGUGCGUUGUAAGCUUGGUAUUAGUGCUGAUGUAUCUGUACCUUACACCAUGUUGUUGCUCUAAAUGCUGCAGGAAGCCUAUAAGUCCCCCUCAAGACUGCAGUGCCCAAUCAUCUAUUCUCAGUACCACUCCACCGGCCACAGAUGGAACAAAUCGCAAGAUCAGUGCAAAUAAGCAUGUUGUUUUUCUAGAGCCUAUCAAGGAGAACCAGAAUGGCAAGGUCAAGCUGGCUGUCACUGAAGACUUUGAUGCCAAAAACCCCAAGCUCCUGCGACUUAAACUGGACUCAGAAUCAGUCAGUACAGCCUUUUCUAACCCCAUCAUGUCACCAGCUGAUGCAUAGGAAACCAACUCCACAAAGCCUUUCUGGGUGGAUGGUUGGAAUGAAAAAAAAUCCUGUUUCCAUCCUGGGAGGAAGAGAGAAGACAAGAUAUAUUUAUGAAGGAUUUCCUCACCAAAACCUAUAGAGGAUUUUUAAAAUUGCCCCUUGGAUGAUGAUGAAUCUUACAUCUUCCAUCAUCUCCCCUGCUAAUUCCUGCCAAUUGCUCCAGUUCUCUUUGGCAUGAAAAAGCAACUCCUUUUAAGCAAGGAAAGGAAUAAUUGUUCUUUACACAUCCCAGAUGACUGCUGCAUGCUUCAUCCUCAAGACAAUACAAUGUUCUAGAAGGAUAUCUUCUCCCAUCAGAAAGCUGCUGUGGAAUAUAAACUUGUGUCAUGGCUUUGACCUUUAGAGAACAAACUUUUUACUAUAUAACAAGCCUGUUUUCAUUUCUGCAGAAGACAAAGUGCCUCGCAUUACCACACAGAGACCCUUUCUUGCUUACUUCCAAACUGCUCUAGCUAGCUACUGCUUCAAACAUCAAUUGUGAAAAUAAAUUCCUGAAUCCACCCUUUCCACCAUCUGCAUUGCUUAAAAAAAGUCAGCAUGGGUAAAAAACUGAAGCAAUG